AUGGCAUCUCUUUAUCAGAGGUUCAGCAGCGGGACCAUCGAGACCAACAAAUCCUUUCCAAAUCCUCCAGAGGCGAGUCACCUGCUCGGGCAGAGCGCGGAGGGAGAAAGGGCUCCUGGGAGAGCACUACACCAAUAUCACCUCCAGCAGGACGACGAGGACGACCAGGGACGGCGCCAGCCGCCUGUUAAUCUGUUGGUCACACACAAACAGCACCACGGACAGCCUGCAUCACGUUAUAAGCCCUGCACCGCCCUCAUCUAA